AUGUCUUUCUUGCUCAUCUUCUUCCUCCUGCAAUUGUUCUCAAAUCUUCACUUAUCCAAAUCCCAGCUUCAGAACCCACAAAUCAUUUCAAAUUUUUCUGUUUCAGAUUCACCAUGGACUCCAGACAAGAACCAAAUCCUCCUUUCACCCAACUCUACUUUUGCUGCAGGCUUUCUGCCAUUGCCAUCUAAUCUCUACACAUUCUCAGUUUGGUACUAUGCAAUCUCAAAAAAAUUCAAUCUUGAAACUGUAGUUUGGUCUGCAAAUGAUAAUUCCCCAGUCAACAACUCUGCUUCAUUGAUCAUCACAUCAUCAGGGGAGCUAAGCUUGAGCAACCCUGGUGGCAGAAAUCUUUGGCCAGCAAAAACACCACCUGUGAGGAGUGGGAGAGAUCUUGUGUUGCUGGAAAGUGGUAAUUUAACUUUUGGUGAUUGGGGAAGUUUUGCUCAUCCCACAAACACAAUCUUGCCAAACCAGAUUAUAAAAGGCACGACUUUGUCUACAAGGAAUGGGAAAUAUCAGUUUCUUGAUACUAAUAAACUCGUCUAUAAAGAUGCAGCUGAUACUUACUGGGGUCCUGUAAAUGCUUUUCUGAAUCUGGAUGAUCAGGGAACCAUAUCACAGGAGGGUUCAACCAUCAUUUCAUCAGAUUUUGGUGACCUAAAGACAAGAAGGUUGACUCUGGAUGAAGAUGGAAAUCUCAGGCAUUACAGCUUUGAUACUGAUUUGGGUAAUUGGACAGUUGUUUGGAAGGCUGUGGGCAAUCUUUGUAGGAUUAAAGCUACAUGUGGUGCUUAUGCUAUAUGUAGUUAUGAACCUUCAAAGACUUCUACUUCUUGCAAAUGCCUACCUGGGUUCAGGGAAAUGAAAUCAUCAAGUGAUGAUUUCGUGUGCCAAAGGAAAACUCCCAUCAGGAAUUCUGCAAAUACCAGCAAGUUUAUGAGUCUGGAUUACGUGAGCUUCACAGCUUCCUAUUCAGGAACUCAACAUUUCGAUUUUCCUGUUUCAACUCUAUCUGAAUGUCAAGUUAGAUGCUUGGGUAAUCAGACUUGUGAAGGGUUUCAGUUCAAAUAUGAUGGGAGUAAUACCUGUGUGAUGCUGAAUGGAACUCUGGAAGAUGGGUUAUGGUCUCCGGAAUCCGAGAGCACUGACUGGUAUUUUCCUUGUUGGGCAUUUGAUCAAGUUUUCAAAGAGACGAACAUUGAUGACAUCUUGGACCCAAGGAUCAAGCAUUCUUAUGAUAGCCGUGCUCAUUUUGAUAUGGUGAAUCGUAUGUUGAUGACUGCGAUGUGGUGCAUUCAAGACCGAGCUGAAAACAGGCCAACAAUGGGGAAGGUAGCCAAGAUGUUAGAAGGAACUGUGGAAAUCGGUCUGCCGAAAAAGCCAACACUUUACUAUGCAGAACAAGAUGAGGAAUAA